GCCAUAUUGACACUUCGCCAAUGUGGGUAUUUGUCGUUUAAUUUUUCGCUCGAUGUGCAACUCGGUUAGGCUGUUCGUGUGUCCGUUUUGGUGCCGUGAACCAUGAACCAGUUUGAAUAAUGAAUAAUUUCAGUGUCCGCUAACGUACCUCUAGUGUUCGUCCAUUUCCUAUAGCGCAUAGGAAAACGGAUUGCUGUGUCGCUAAAGUGUGGGAGCCAUCGAAAGCAAAGAAAAAGAUUGCUACACACAUUACUGCUCUAUUUUAUGUUCGUUGGCGACGAGUGGUAGAGUGAGAACACGCAAAUAGAUCGGUGGUCAAACGAACAAACUAAACGUCUAUAUUAUGAAAAGUUAGUUAAAGGAGGAUUUACAGUGCUCCUCGUCGGCUUGUGUUUUGUCUGUAAAAAAACAUUAAACUGUGCGCUAGACGUUACAGCAGCGUUGCUAGUGGAGCCACCAAUCAAUCAGCCUCGACAGUCGGAUCACAUCUACAACUAUAGACAAACUCCAAGGGUAAAUCGUCUUAUAAGGACUUCAUCCUAGAACCAUUACUCGCCAGCAAUCAAAUUCGCAUCAAUCCAUACAAUCAAGUGCACCGAGGUUUAGAACACUGCAUUCUACUGCUCCGUUGCGCUUUACCCUGUAAGGAAGACCGUUCAAAGCACAUCUGCAGUUCUUUCCCACCUUCCUUUCUACACGGUUUCAGAGAGUGAAACAGGAAACGGAACCUAGCAUUGCAAAAUGAAUGAUUUCAUCGUAGCGGGCAAGUAUCGCAUCAUCCGCAAGAUCGGAUCGGGCUCCUUCGGUGAUAUCUACCUCGGUAUCAACAUCACAAAUGGCGAGGAGGUGGCACUGAAGGUGGAGAGUAUACUGGCUCGCCAUCCGCAGCUCACAUAUGAGUACAAACUGUACAAAGUGCUCACUGGUGGUGUGGGCAUACCGCACAUCCGCUACUUCGGCCAGGAACGCAGCUACCACGUACUGGUAAUGGAUUUGCUCGGUCCCUCGCUGGAAGAUUUGUUCAACUUCUGCAGUCGACAUUUCACAAUCAAGACCGUGCUGAUGCUGGUGGACCAGAUGAUCGGACGGCUUGAGUACCUGCACAUGAAAAAUUUCAUCCACCGCGAUAUUAAACCGGACAACUUCCUGAUGGGUAUCGGGCGACACUGCAACAAGCUGUUCCUGAUCGACUUCGGUUUGGCAAAGAAAUAUAGGGAUUUCCGUUCCCGCAUUCACAUCUCGUACCGGGAGGAUAAGAACCUGACAGGUACCGCACGUUACGCGUCAAUCAACGCGCAUCUUGGCAUCGAGCAGAGCCGUCGCGACGAUAUGGAGUCGCUCGGGUACGUGAUGAUGUACUUCAACCGCGGUUCGUUGCCGUGGCAGGGGCUCAAAGCUACCAACAAGAAGCAGAAGUAUGAGAAGAUCUCGGAGAAAAAGAUGUCCACCCCGAUCGAGGUGCUGUGCAAGGGCUUUCCGGCGGAGUUCGCUAUGUAUCUGAACUACUGUCGCAGUUUGCGCUUUGAGGAAGGUCCCGACUACAUGUAUCUGAGGCAGCUCUUCAGAAUUCUGUUCCGCACCCUGAACCAUCAGUACGACUACACAUUUGACUGGACAAUAAUGAAACAAAGGGCGAUGCAGCAAGGCAGCAACAACCCGCCUGCAGUUACAUCCGGCGAAAACAAACGAGAGGAGCGGCGUGAUAAAGAUAAACUGUCCAGCGAUACGGAUGAAUAGGAAUUUUGAAUGAUUGGAAGUAAGUAAGUAUCAUCAUCGUUGCGAAACUCCCCUUGCCCCCUCCCACGCCAAUUCCCACUCUCCUCAUCUCCCCCCGCAACAUGUAUAGGGUGAGAAGAUGCGAUUUGUUUCUAAACGCAAAAGACGUACACAUGAUACGUGAUUCAGUCGCGGUGGAUAGAAGGCGCAUUAGUAACAGAGAGAGAAAAAGAGAAAGAGAGAGAGAGAGAGAGAGAGAGAGAGAGAGAGAGAGAGAGCAUGCGGAAAAGAGGGAGAGAAAAAAAGUUAGUUUAUACUGAGAAAACUCGAUUAGGUAAGGUGUCACAACUAGUGUUAGAGAGUUAAAUUACUUCCCAAGUAGGUAUGUAACAUCCCUUUGAUGCAGUGUAGGGUGAUAUGAACUGAAGCGUGGAGGGGAGGGGGACAAAAAAAAAUAUUGCAAAUUCAACCUACAUAGACACGAGGAGAAAACACUCAAAAACAAACGGGGAAGAGGAGGUGCCGGGUGGGACAGGGCAAGAAAUGUCAUAGAACAUAUCGGCCUUUUGUGUCCCGUUCCGUAAAUUGUUAGGGAUAGUGGAAUUCAUCCACAAUACUACGGAGUGACCACUCGGCAAACACAAGCAGAAAAACGCAUGGAAUGGGCGACGAGGUUCAUUUGUCUGAUUGUUUAAACUAACUAGCUAACUAUUUUCGGUACUUGUCCGCGGGUUAAAUUUGGUCAAUAUCGUUUGGUUAAGCAAACAGUCGUAAGGACAUACUUACAACUCGCAAAACUUCCUCAAAUUGACAAGAAUGAUCUAGUUUUGCAUAUUAGAUUUAGUUACAUCUUUAGAAAGCCCUGGACAUCCUGGCAACGUCAUUGUGGUAGCUUUUUUAUUGUAUUUUUUUGUGUUCGAAUGAUCGUUAUUUGCUACAUUUUCUUAAAUUGUGAUCAACUGUAGCGAGAAUGUCAUCAAUAUUUGAAAUCUCUAUGGUUGUAGCUCAGUGGGAUAAGAUAACAACAGUGAGAAAACAACGCGAAGGUCAGGCAAUAGUUAAUUUAAGUGUAAUGUCAUCUAUGUUGUAUGAUUUUGUAACAUUUAUGUAUUUUUGCGAAAUACUUUGCACUGAUGGGAAGAUUGGGCCCAAGGUUGCAAUAAAAUAUCAUGAAGCGUACAGUAAAAAAAAUGUGAUGUAUUAGUCAAUGGUAUGGGGCCACCGGGACACGGUGUAUUGGUAGCGGCACCGGUCUUCACACGACUGGUUCGAUCCAUAAUACCAACCGGACCACUCUCCCGUACACAUUGUGUUGAAUUUGUUGAUUUUCCCCUCUAAGGAUACUAACUGUAUUUGAUUGGAGGACACCCGCAUUGCACACUUGGGGCACUUCGAAAGAUAGAGAGAGAAAGAGAGAGGUUGAUGAGCUUAAGAAAAGGCUUACUAUGAUCAAAAUCGUUGUUGUACAUUCAUUCCUAAGCGAGCGACGUACGUCCGAGCAGCGUCCGAAAUUCAGCAUACCUCUGAUUGCCUGAAGUAAAGCAACGAAUUCUUUUUAAGAGAAAGGGAAAGUUUAACCGUUCUAUAGAACGCCCCAUGAUUUGUAUUUGUGUAUAAACUGUUGAUGAUUUUUUGUGCGGACUGGUUUUUGUUUAGAAUCAAAACAAAAAGCUAUGCAUGCAAACGGUCGUACCAAGAGCCUUUGUGUAAUUAAACCCUAAUAAUGCAAUAAUAAGAAAUAUUGUCAAUUUUUGUUUUCGUUUGAACGGCCUGGCCGUAUCGACUUAUUUUACCAGUUUUACCUGCUCCGCUACCAUUAUGCCACCGGGCCGCCCCAAAUUUUGUCAAUUAAUGCCAUUGCUUUCUACUUGCGUUUUUUUUUCGUUUAAAAACUUGUUAUUUCGAGUAGCAGUAACAGGGCUAGACAAAUUAAUUCCGUGUAUUACAUAUGGCAUGGAUAAAGUCUGUGUUAGGUUAUUUUGGGUGCGUGAUACGUUAUCAUAAAACGGCUCCACUUAACCGAUCAGAUUAUUGAAACACAGUGGGGUUGGUUUUUGAGAAGUUUUGUAAGAUUAUGCGGAAUAGCACCAACGCAUAAUGUUAGUGAUCUCGAUUGCUCUCCAAACAUUUUCCCCAUUACUGUUUCGUAACGUUCACAAACUAAUACAUAAAGGGGAUGUCAGUUCAAGCGAAAUAAACUUUGCUUUACACAGCUUCGACAUACAAAUAAAACAUUUCUAAACCACUUUGAUUUGCAGAAAGCAGUACGGCCAGGCCGUCUUUCGUGAAUAAAAAAAAACAAUAACAAUUCUUACCUUUGCUUUACUGGCCCCGAAAGGCGACUUAUGU